UAUCGAAAAUUAAGAUUUUACACGCAUUUAAUGCUUGUGAGUUAAUAACAUGAGUAAGAAGUAUCUUUUUAUAUAAAAGUAUUAAUAUAAUACCGUAUUUCAGAGAAGUAAAAAAAACUACGUAUGAAGAUUAUAGUGCGUGCAAUAUGGCGACUAACCAAGGAAUUUACAAUGGCCGAAGAAAAUAACAGAUAUUUCCAGAUAUGUAGCAAAAUGAAGACUGGAGAUAGUGUGUACAAUUCCUAGAUUGACAAAGUUUGUAUCGAUAACCAAAGAACUUAAUGAUAAGCCGGUUCGUUGUGUAUACAAGCGGAAUGGUUUGACGGACAUGAGAUAUUUUGACAGGUGUCGUCGUGAAACUGGAUUAUUUCGUCGUAUUUCAGGGUGAACGCACAGUCAUUUAACUAGCAGUUAAGUCUAUAAGGAGGACCGUUACAUUGUCUCAUCAUUUACAUACAUAACUACCGUGUUCGAUCGUCAUUUACAUCUGUACAUCAUUGUUCCAUAGACCUACCCUUCAGUUCAUAAUAUUGGCAGCCAUUUUGUUGUUAUUUUAUCAUAAAGGUCACACAACCGUCCAAACAUCAUUAUAGCUACUAGUCAGUAAGCCUUGGAACAUCAUAAUCUUCAUUUGUAGCUGUUUAUUGUAUAAUUUACAAACAGUGCCUGUCGUGUAAAUCAUAGCCUUCCUGUAAAGCCAACGCUGUAUACACUAAAGCCUACAUGUACCAUUGGUGCGAAAAGGAUCAUGGAGAAGUAUGACAAGCUCGGCCGAAUCGGAGAGGGUUCUUAUGGCGUGGUGUUCAAAUGCAGAAAUAAAGACACAGGCGGUAUUGUGGCUAUCAAAAGAUUCGUGGAAUCAGAAGAUGACCCACUUAUUAAGAAGAUAGCGAUGCGAGAAAUCAGAAUGUUAAAGCAACUGAAACAUCCUAAUCUUGUCAACUUAAUAGAAGUUUUCAGAAGGAAGAAGCGGCUACAUCUAGUGUUUGAAUAUGUUGAUCACACGGUGCUACAUGAGCUAGAGAGAUUCCCCAGGGGAGUCAGCGAGGACUUGAUAAAGAAGAUUGUUAGCCAGCUUCUAGAAGCUGUUAAUUACUGUCACAGUCGGAAUUGUAUACACAGAGAUGUAAAGCCAGAAAACAUCUUACUGUCUACAGAACGACAAGUGAAACUCUGUGAUUUCGGCUUUGCGAGAGUUUUAACGGGACCGUCUGAUAAUUACACAGACUAUGUAGCCACGAGAUGGUACAGAGCCCCAGAGCUCCUAGUCGGGGAUCCCAAAUACGGACCCCCUGUGGACGUGUGGGCAAUCGGCUGUGUAUUUGCCGAGCUUCUCUCAGGACAGGCACUGUGGCCAGGAAAAUCAGAUCUAGACCAAAUCUUCCAGAUUAAAAAGACACUAGGGGAUUUAUUACCUUCACAAAAAUCUGCGUUUUCUUCAAAUAUAUUUUUCCAAGGACUGGAGAUCCCUAAUGUAGAACCAGAGAAUUACGAGCCCUUGGAAUUAAAAUUCCACAAGAUGUCUCCAGUUGCUCUGAGUUUUAUGAAGAACUGUCUGAAUAUGGACCCUGCCGAGCGUAUGACGUGUGAGGAGUUGCUAAAGCACCCGUACCUGGAUGGUAUGACGUCACUCCUUGACACCAGCCAACGAAAGAACGAGCGCAAGAAGCAGGCGUCUCGGACAAGCAAUCAUAACUUGCCGUACUUUAGAAAUAAGAAAUGGAAACCCACAAAGGGGAAGGAUAACGAGUACCACAGGGAUGGUCAGACUGACCAGCCGCCAUUGAAACCCUACCGAUUUAGGGAGGAGGAGACACAGAGAGAGACUGAGAAAUGGAAGUCUUCAUGGAAGGGAAAAGACAAUGAGUCUCAUAAGGAGGCUGAGCCAUGGAAACAGUCCCGGGUUCGAGAAGAUGACAUUCAAGGAGAUGUGGAGCGUCAUAUUUAUAAACCGCGCUGGAAGCCCCUGAAGGUCAAAGACAAUGACUACCACAAAGAUAUGGAGAUCACGGGUAAACCAGUGAAAUGGAAGGAGACAGAUAUACUUAAGGAGUCGGAGCCAUGGAAACAGGCCCGAGGUCAUGACAAUGAUUCCCAGAAUGAUCACGAGACAUGGAAACCAUCGAAAAACAGAGAUGAUGACACACAGUCACGAGAUAUAGAGUUGUCAUGGAAACCAGCAAAAAUUAAGGAGGGAGAAGUAAAGGAAACCGAGACAAACUACAACAUGUUGCCGGUUCUGAACUCGACCAACAACACGUCUACCUCCCCUGCCCCAAAGGGGUAUGUGGGGAAGAGAAAUCCCCUCCACGACCAUCACCCUCCGAAGCAGAGUCACGACCACCACCACCACCACCACCUGCCGAACAUCUGACUCUACGGCCAAGGGGUGAUGCGUCAUGAUGGCAACUAAAUGUCUGCUGGUCAUCAUGACACAGAAUCCUGGAGGCCAAUGUUUUCAUUGUGUCGGGAGCAAUGGACAUGUUGUGUGCCUUUCACACCCUUGUCUACAGCUUCUUGCUCUCACCUACCUGUGUAUCGUUUUAAAAUGGACUACAAAUAAGGUUACCCCGCAUCAACCAUGGUUUGCUUGAACAUGCUAAAAUGUAUUGUUUUCCAUUCUGGCCACGUGUACAACUAUUAUUUUAAAAAAAUAAAUAAAUAAAAAAACAGUAUUUGUUCAGGAGAAUUCUUUUUAAAUAACAGAACAAAUGGCUAAGUUUUCAGCAAGCUUUUAAGAAAAAUUCUAGCUAGCACAAUGGCAUGCGACUAUUUUACAAAAUAAUUUUGUUGCAAUUAUCAUUUGAAUUUUUAGAGGGGUAGGGGAUAUGAAAACAGAAUUGCCGAUUUCAUUUUUUUGUUUUUUUUAUAAAGCAUAUGAAAGGCUAUUAUAAUAUAACAGUUGAAAUUUAACACAUGGAAAAUCUCGGUAUGGAAAAACUACAUGUGUGUUUCUCAAACCAUGGUUUUACAUUGAUUUUCAUUAUGAGCAAUUGCUAGAGGUAGAAAAAGCCUUGACGUGCAUUUGUGUGUAAUUUUUCACUCCCCAGUUAGCGUAGAUUUUAAUAUCUAUGUGAUCGACACACAUUUGAUUUGUCACCAGUGCUUAGUUAUCUAAUCUUAAUGUCAUCAGGGUUGGUAUGUAUGGUUUUAAAGGUCUCAGUUGUUGUUUUUGUUGUUGUUGUUGUUGUUGAUUUCAUGUGACAUUUUUGAGUAGCUGGGGUGGUUUAGGUUUACGUUUAGUCCUUGAUUGUUAGCUGCAUAGACUUAAUAGUAUGGUAGUUGCUUAUUACCGAGAGGUUGAUACGGGAGUGGAAAAGGUUAUGAACAUAUGAUAGCAUUUUAAUCCUAAAUGACAGUUGAUGCGGGGGCCUAUAUAAGAACGUCUGUGUAUGUUUGCACUUAAGAUAAAACUGUUUAUUUUGUUCUCUAAUUAUAUCCCCUCAGUAGCUAGUAGAAAAGUAAUUCAUAAUUUUAAUGGAUGAGAGAUUUUUUAUUUAUUUAUAUAUACUGUAUAAAAUAAAAAAUGUGAUCAAGCUUUUUAAUUGACUGGCAUAUUACAUAAUUGGUCAUUAGAAUUUUAUUCUUUUAUUCUCUUGUGAUAAAAAAAUAUGUAGCAGUAAAUAAUUAAACCAGUAUCAGUAAAUGUUAAACAAAUUUUACUGUCGUGAUUAAGUUAUCAUACUUGUCCAUAUGAAGUUUUGGAAAAGGAAGGAAAUGUAAGAGACCAAUAUAUUUCAAUAAGCCAGUCAAUUAAAUGUUUUAAAUGUGAUAUUUUGCCCCAAUUACAGUAGGAAAUUUUUACAAAUAUAUCUUAUUAUUUCUACAGAUCUGCCAUAAAAGAACUUGAUAUUUUUUCCAAAGAUAAAUGCCAAGUUGUUGUAUAAACUAUCUUGUAUAGAUAUUAUAUAUAUAUACAUAUUGUUUAAAGCCCAUAGGAGCGGUAAGUUUUGCUGUGAAGAUGGGUUUCUCGCCGGUGUUGAAUGAAAUUAAAAUGUGCAUGAAUGAUUCUAAAAAUAAUUAUAUCAGUAAAACACCUACCGGUAAUACCAAGACAAACCAAUUACUAAACACUUUCAAAGAUUAAGAUUUCGGAUGUUUUGGGUGUGUAUUUUCUUUCAAAUUUUCAAGAAAAUAAUAAAAAAAAUAUUCCAGCUUAAGAAAUGCACCAAUUUACGAAAUAAAACGAUAGUUGUACACAAAAAUAACACUAUGUAUAUCCAGACCAAAAAACUUGCUUUUUUUUUCAUGCCAUUCCCUUUGCCUGUGUGUAGCUAGCAUGUACUUAACCAGAAAUUCAACUAUUUAUAUACAUAUAUUUGUAUAUAUAUAUUUGCUUGAGCACCCCUCAGAGUUUGUAUAUAUGUAAAAGACAAGACACCCUUUUCACUCCGUUGCUUCCGAAUAGCCUCUGAAAAUUUGCCUCCAAAAUUGUCCAUUUUUACCAUCGAUUCUUCAUACUGAGGUCACUUAACAUUGGACCUAUUUUUUAUUGUAUUUAUAUUUUUGUGUAACACUUAAGUACCUCCCAUCAUACAUUAGUUGGCAACAAAGAAUGUUACCUUGAAGUCAUAUACUAAAAGCCCAUACCUGGUGUUGAUAAGAAUACUACGGCUGGAAAUUUUAAUGAUCUACAUUAGAUCUAUCUAGGUCACAUACUCAUCCACUUUGAAUCAAAUUUUGAUUUGAUUAUUUUCAUUCCGAAAAUAAUCCGUUGAAUUAUAGUUCUUAUAGCAUGAAAAUGGCAACCUGUAAAUGUGAAAUGGGAGGAGGGAUAAUGAUGCUGAAUUUCAUCUGUCUUCAGUACUCAAUGAUAAAAUCUCUGUACUGAUACAGGAGAAGUGUACUCCUGUUUGACACUGAAUGAAAACACUCUCCCCUCAUUACUUUUAUCAAUUUUAGUGCUGCUUUUGGAUAGGAAAUUUUAUCCAACAUUAAAAGAAAAUGUGCUCAUUUUUUUUUAUUAUUCAAGCUGAUAGGCAUCAAUUAUAGAUAAAUGACAAAUACCAUGUUAUACUGAAAAGGAAGUUAUUAUUGAAGGUUUAUUGAUCCAGUUAUUUUAUAUUCGAAAUUUUGUGAAACCGAGAGAAAUCUUCCUUGUCUGUAAUGAAAUUGUACCUCGUUUGUUUUCUUUUCAAUAUUUAAAAAAGAAACAAAUCACCAACCAUGAUGAUCACUAUUGAUCAGCUGGAAUUCUUGAAUUGUGAUUUAGAGUUGUAGAGCAUGAUGAAUCGUAAACAUUUGAACAAAGGCUGCUUUGAAGAAGGUUUGGGAGCCUCGUCUUCGGGCAUACUCUAUGGGUCCAUGUGCGAACGUCAUGUUGAGAUAGUUAUAUUACGUUAAAAAGCUUUAAAUUGUAUCUUUGACUAUGUACUAUGUGAUAAAGACAUUAGGUAUAGAGCAAUACCAUCUUGUGUCGCACGCUUGUUUUGUGCAUUGUUUGUCGUAAAAGAUUAUUUAAUCCUUGCAAAAUUAAUCAUCAUGAAACGCGUUGGUAUAUAUAAACUUAAUGAAUAUUUUAUGUUGAACAGUUUAGUGGUGUUAAUCGACAUUUUGUAUGAUUUUUGAUUGAUGUCUUUUUUUUUGGUUCUUUUUGACAAGAUAGGCUAGAAUUAAAUGAAUAUUUUAUUAAUUAACCUUUAGCUUAGAAUGUUAUUAGUAACCAAUAUGUAGUCCUCAUCAUGGCAUUUUACAUUCUUUUGAAGUACAUGAUUGAAUUAAAUCAACAAAGGAAAUAAAAAUAUUUUGAAAACCGAUUUGUUUAUGUAGAAUACAUAUUUUUUUCUAGUUUUUAUCAUGGCUUUUCAUUGAAAAAAACAACAUUGAAAUAGAACAUGGAGAGAAAAAAAAAUCAUUUGAAUAAUGUUUAAGGAAGGAUGCAAAAUCUGAACAAUAUCUGUAAUUAAACUACUAAAGAAUUAAUUUAUUAAUGUAAUAAUCUAAUUGAAAACUGUCCUUUAUUUUCUGAUAUCUGUAUUAAUGCUAAAUAUGGAAUUUAUAUUUGAAGUCGCACUUUAUCGUAUUUGUAACACGAUAGGUUGACUAAUGUGAAAUGUUGCAGUGACCUUAUAAAGAGGAACCACUAGGAACUGAGCGUGACAAAACUGUUGGAUUUUGUUGUAUUUUACUAAAUUACCGAUAAUCAAAAUGGUUUUACCAGUUGCAUUUCGCCUUGAAACGGUGGACAGUGGUUUUAUUCGUUGUUUCUAUGUUAAUAAUUCAUGUGGUGGUGUAUGAUAUCCCUGGAAAACAGUCUACUUUUUUUUUUAUCUUCAAUUUUUUUUCAACCAAAAGGACAACCAUGUAUUCAUGUGCCUUGUAUGUACCAAGUUACCCUUUUCUAGCACUUUGGACGAAGUUAAUGUCUAGUUCGUCAUUGUCACCUUGUGAAUUCAAGAUUUAGGUAGCAGAAGAGAAAAUCGUUUUGAUGUUAGAUAGGUCAGAAUUUGCAUCAACUUAAACAUUGAUAACUGAUGAUAAUGAAUCCUAUUUUAUUAGAUUUUAUGCAGAAGCUGAUUACGUUUCUAAACUAUGAUAAUUUCUACACAUAUUUGUGGGUUUUUCACGAUUUUCAUUCCUAGGAAUCAUUGAAACAUGAUCAACAUUAAAAUUUGGUUACGGGAAGCAUCGGUGAUCUAAAUUAGGAUUAACCUUUUGUUGCAUACGAUUCACACAUUUGUCACAUGAUCAUGCCAAGGAAAGUCAGUGUGGCCCCGACCCUGUGAGGCCUCAAUAGUUUGUGUUGAAGACCAUACUCAUUAAAAAUUACAUCAGUGUACAAAUUCAUUAAGCCGAAACAAAAGUUUAUGUACAUUCAUAUUUUCAUCUCAUAGUAAAUUAACCAUAGAAUGAAUUUGUGCUUUAACCAGACCUGGCCACUUCAAAUCUCCACAUAUAGCAAAUUGUGUUACCCAUUUUAAGGCAUGAUUGUGAAUCUUUAAAAAAAAUAUUUUUAUUAUUAUUAUUUAGAUACUUCAAUAUUAUGAACUGCUUUAUUUAUUAUUAACAAUAUUCAUAAUUCUAUGCAGCAAUGAUUUAUGGAUCAGUAAAUUUCUGCAUUUCAUAAUUAAUAUUUCUCUUACAUAUUAAAUAUUUACGAAAAUACAUUUCGUCGAAAAGACGAAAAAUUCUUGUGAAAAUGUUUUGAUGAACUAUAAAAUUUUGAGAAUUUUUUAUAUGAUACAAAAAAUUAUUGCAAAAGUAGAACAAUAUUAAAAAGCAAGGUGAAGUUAUUUGCGAUAGAAUUUCCAUUUCCUAUAUAUAUAUAUAUCUGUUUUGGUUUUGGUAAGGUAUGACUCAUGUAUUACCUUGCUAAGGUAUAGGGCCAUCAUGUACUGUAUGUUACUGUACAACAAAAUGCUAAAUUGUUUUGGAUAUUCAUACACACAUAGAACCUCAGAUGUACUUGUAGUACUGUAAAUUUGUGUUUUCCAAGGUAGAAAGGGACUGUUUACCGUCUUUUUUUUUUCAGAAGUCAAAUACUUCAAAGUAAUAAUCCAUGUCAAAUUUAAAUUGUUAUUUGUAUUUAGAAAUAAAUGUUAUCAAUAAAAAAAAAUAUUGGU